AUGCCAGAGGAUCUGUUCACCUUUACCGACAAGCCGAAAGUCAGCUAUCUGCUGGCCGGUUGGCGGCGCCAAUGGUCCAAUGGGGGCCGUAUCUCCAGCGGUUUGCCGCGCUAUCUCAUUGACACCAACAGCGGACGCCAGUUCGGUCAAUUCAGCGAAUAUGUCAACCGAAUGUGCUACCCGUUUCAGGUCGCGGGUACGCACGAUGCGUUCCGACCCUCAGCGGCCUUCAACGAAGGCUUGCCCAGCGUGGCGAUGUCGCGGCAGAACUCUUUCUACGAAAUUGGCAGCGGCCUGGUGGUCUUCCUGGGCGAGGAACCCUGGUACCGCCUGGACAUCUACGCAGAAGCUUUUUUCUCGGCAAUCAAGGAAUUGGGUAUUCAGCAAACCGUUGCCGUAGAGGGUGUCAACGGGCCAGCUCCUCCGGAUUUGGAACGGCGCAUCACUUGCGUGUAUUCCCGUCCCGAAAUGCGAGAACAGUUGGAGCGUCACGGAGUCCAAUUCAGCAGUUACGGUAGUCGUGGCCGGCAGGGGCCAACCAUCGGGAUGGCCCUGGUAUCCGCCGCCCACUACCAGUAUCCGGAUGUGCAGAUGUUCCGCAUGGGAGCCAUGGCCCCCAUGUACCCCUUUAUGACCAGCAACAACAACCAACUGGGCAUCACCCAGGACCACCGGGCCUACUACGACAUAUUGCGCCGCGUCAGGUCACUGUUCAAGAUAGAGAUGGACCUGUCCGAGUUGGAGCAGAUGGGCAAUCGGGAGUCGCAAGAACUUCUGGACAACCUGGAACGGCUCGGUCGUACCAACAGCGAAGCGAAGCAGAUAAUCGAUCAGGUUCGUCUCGACUACCAGUACACGCCUUAUGUUGAACCGGUUGAUCUGGAUCCCGCGUUGGACCAGGCUCUGGAGAACAUCCUCAGGGACAUCGGGGAACCGGGCCAGGAUACGUGA